UUAUAUGAAAUAUCUUUAAAAAAAUAAUUCUUAUUAAAUUCUAACUAUAAUUUUAGUAUUUUUUCGCCGUAGUGUCAUUUCUAGAAUGUUUCUGUCAGCUGUCAAACGAAUUUAGUUUCCGAACGCACCGUCAGCGCUUCAACGAAGGACGUCGUGAAAAACUAGGAAAAGCCAAAUCAAAGACGUCCAUAUUUGUUUGGUGCGCUCUUGCCCGCGGUUAUUGAAAAUUUUAGGACCAACGAGUCAGUGAAAUUUUGCAGAGUGGCGAAGAUCACGCCGUACCCGAGCAUGAGUUACUCAGGGAGGAGUAAAUUCGAGAUCGGCCGGUUCUCGGGCGAGGAUGAAAACCACAUCAACAAGAAGUUGCCGAAGGAGCUGCUCCUACGGAUCCUGUCGUACCUGGACGUCGUGUCGCUCUGCCGCUGCGCGCAGGUAUCCAAGCUAUGGAAUAUUCUGGCUCUCGACGGGUCCAACUGGCAGCGGAUAGACCUCUUCGAGUUCCAGAGAGACGUCGAGGGUCCCGUGAUAGAGAACAUAUCGCAGCGUUGCGGCGGGUUCCUCCGUCAGCUGUCGCUCCGUGGAUGCGAGAGUAUAGCUGAUGGCUCUAUGAAGACCCUCGCACAGUCGUGCCCAAAUAUCGAAGAUUUGAACUUGAACAAAUGUAAGAAGCUCACCGAUCAGACCUGCCAGGCACUCGGCAGAAGAUGCAGCAAGCUACAGAGAAUAAACCUGGACUCCUGUCCCAGCAUGUCGGACAUAUCACUGAAAGCACUAUCGGAUGGUUGCCCGCUCCUGACGCACGUGAACGUGUCGUGGUGCCAGUCCAUCACGGAGAACGGCGUGGAGGCGCUGGCUAGGGGCUGUCCCAAACUGAAGAGCUUCAUCUGCAGAGGCUGCAAGAACGUGAACGACAGAGCCGUGUCGUGUCUAGCCACAUACUGCCCCGACCUGGAGGUGCUCAAUGUGCAGGGUUGCGAAAGUUUAACAGACGAAUCCAUAUCCAAGUUGAACGGCGGCAUGCGCCUCCUGUGCGUGUCGGGGUGCUCGCGGCUGACGGACGCCGCGCUGGCGGCGCUGGCGGCGCGCUGCCCCGAGCUGGUGACGCUGGAGCUGGCGCAGUGCACGCAGCUCACGGACGCCGGCUUCCAGGCCCUGGCCAGGAGUUGCCGGAUGCUGGAGCGGAUGGACCUGGAAGAGUGCGUGCUCAUUACAGACGUCACGCUCGUGCAUUUGUCUAUGGGUUGUCCGAGGCUUGAGAAACUGACAUUGUCUCACUGCGAGCUAAUAACAGACAACGGGAUCAAACAGCUGUCUAUGUCUCCCUGCGCCGCCGAACACCUCACCGUCCUGGGUCUAGACAACUGUCCGCUGGUGACGGAUGGGGCGCUGGAGCACCUGACUUCGUGCCACAACUUGCAGCUGAUCGAGCUGUACGACUGCCAGUUGGUCACGAGAAACGCUAUCCGGAAACUUAGGAACCACCUGCCCAACAUCAAGGUGCACGCGUACUUCGCGCCGGCCACGCCGCCGGCGGCGGGCGGCGCCGCGCGGCCGCGCUACUGCCGCUGCUGCGACAUCAUAUGAUCGCGCUACACCCACAACGGUGGUAACGUGAACCGGUAAAACUUACGUGUCGUCAUACUUCCGAACCGUGCUGUAUACACCGUGCUGCUCGGUGCUGCAGGACUAUGAGUGCUGGGACGCCGGGGCUGAAGGCUACAUAGCAUAGGUGUGUGAAUAUUCUGCGUUUUACGACGUUUUUCUUAACUGACGUCUCGGCUGAGGCUCGGAACCGGUUUAAGCCUUUUGUUGGCAAUGUAUCUUAUAAGAUACAUAACUUUCACCCUCUUUUUCUAUUUUUCUAAGGGCAUUUUUUUUGCUCUAUCAGGCGCAAUUUAGGCAUUAUGAUGUUUUUGAAGUUUGCUAAGAAAAAGGUUAAACGUACCGGUUAAUUUAAUAUCGCUUUAUUCCGGUUUCUAUUUGAACUUGAGAACGCGAAUAUUUUAAGAAUUUUAUUUAUCAUAAAUUAAUAAGAUUUUUUUAAACUGGUCUUGGAAUGCUUCAUUAUCAUUUAUUACCAAUUUUAAAAGUUCUAUACCGGUUUAUUCGCAAAACCUUUAAAACUCGGUUUGAAAAUAACGGUUUAUGGAAUAAAUUGAAAUGCUUCAUAUCACAUAUGAUAAAUAUUUUAACCGGUAUCCGAGCUUUGUUUGGCUAAAACGGCAAUCUGAAAAACCGGUAAAGUUGGUAAACUUGGUAAUGUUCAUGGAUGUAACUAAUAUCAUAGCUAUAUGGGCGUAAAGGGAAUGAGUAAGUAACUUAAAAGAUACAAAAGCUUGAAAGAGGAAAUAUUUGUACAUCGAGAGCUACAUAUGUGAGCUAUAUACAACGUGUAACGUUAACUACUUUACAGUACAUAUGGUGCUAUUUUUCCGCACUAGUGCGUAAAUUAGCUCAUUAUGUAACUAUGUCGAAAAUUUAAAGAGGGUCACCUAUUCGCACAUGUAUCGUACGUUUUACAGUUCAUAUGUCCCUUUUAAUUUUCGACAUACUCACGUAAUGUGCUAAUUAUCGCACUAGUGCGGUAAAGUAGCACCAUAUGUAUGUAUAUGUACUGUAAAUAUCAGUUAUAGUAUUUAACAUUUCAAUACUUGUUGUUUACACGUUGUAUAAAAGGACUAUUAGAAAGGUGCACACAAACUAUGAUUGGAAUCAUUAUACAUAUACCAGUGUUUUCAUUAAUGUUGUUUACACGUUGUAUAAAAGGACUAUUAGAAAGGUGCACACAAACUAUGAUUGGAAUCAUUAUACAUAUACCAGUGUUUUCAUUAAUGUUGUUUACACGUUGUAUAAAAGGACUAUUAGAAAGGUGCACACAAACUAUGAUUGGAAUCAUUAUACAUAUACCAGUGUUUUCAUUAAUGUUGUUUACACGUUGUAUAAAAGGACUAUUAGAAAGGUGCACACAAACUAUGAUUGGAAUCAUUAUACAUAUACCAGUGUUUUCAUUAAUCGUGAUUGACGAUUAACAGAUUAAUCGCGAAUCAAUGGAUUAUCUUCGUCAAUUGAUUGAUGCCACCACUGAUAUAUGGGCCGAUUUUCAUUUCGCUGUCAGAUCUUCGUUAGAAUUUGAUAAAAUUUGCUUGGUUUGAAGAAGUAAUUCUAGGGAAAAUGUAUGUAAUAUUCAGUUGAGUUGCGAAAACAUCAUACUUUUUCGUAGCUCAGUCAUCUUCGCGUUGUCCGGAUUUUUGCCACGGCUCAUGGGAGCCUGGGGUCCGCUUGGCAACUAACUUUCUCAGUGGAUGUUUUUUUUAGGAUCUAUAUUGAAAAAGCGCUUAUAUUGUACAUAUUAAGGAACUCUAUCUAUCCACCAAAUUUUAUCUAAACUUGACGAAGAAAUUCGACGACAAAAUAAAAAUCGGCGCAUAUAACUAGAGCUGUAAUAUGAAUGUAAAAAUGUCCAUAUUAUGAUAAAUACCAACAUGUAUUCAAUACUGUUUCAUAGUGAAGUUAGUGUUAAGAUAGCUAAUUCCUUUUAGGGUUUAAAAGCGACAGUUAUCGGCAGGGACCCGUCCACCCCUUCCCAGAGAAAAGCCUUUAAAUGGCUUAAUCGUUUAUCAAAUAGCCCCAACGUUUGGCUUUUCCUUUUAAUUGUUUACCCGUUCAUUUGACUUAGGUCUAGAAAGGGGUGUCCCUUUCAGAUAUACCGCUAAAAUGAAAGGGUAUCCCCUUCCUAAUUAAAAAAAUUAUGACACUUGUGCUGUCAACGCGCUAGACACCCAGUCCUUCACUUUAAACAUAAAUAAGCAAUAUUUGAUUUAUUACGAAGAAAGUUGAUAAUGGGAUAAGGCCCUUCAAGAGGUUAGCGCUGAGGAACGGGUAUCAGCUUACCCGUAUUAUGAAGCUCUUAAAAAGUCAAAUGAAAGGGUUUUAGUUAGCAACGGCUUUGGUAAGCAAAGCUCUUCCAAAACCCUCGAAGGGGAUACCGGACCGGUUCCUGGUUAUCAGUGGGAACACCUGAAAAGUGCCCUUGGUCUAUGUAUUUACAUUCAGAAAUAGGUUUACGUUAAAAUUGAAAAACAUCUUCACACACGUUACCAUGGAUAUGAGGCAAGGAGUCGUUCAUUGUGUAAUGAGCAUCAAAUAGACGGUCAAAAUGGUCAAAUUAGAGUUCGCAAGAACUGGAGUCUUUUAAGGCUAAAUUCGAGAAGCUCCAGUCGUUAUUACGCAACUUCCCAGUCUUUUAAGUCCCGAAAAGUCUAAAAAAACAUCGCGAUUUCGGGGUUAGUCCCAUAAUAAAAGCAAAGAUAAUCUAAAAUAGAGGUGGAUUAUCUAAGAAAACUUUGUAGCCACAGUAAAUUUACUGCCAGCUUUCGACACAUGAUUAAACUUUUAGAACGCCAUUUGACUUUGAUCCUUAUUCUUUAAUUAGUUAAAUAUCAAAAAGUGGCGCCAUCUAAUAGAUCAAAGGCCAAAGCCAUCGUUUCGAGCGAUGGCGCCACAACCUUUAGCCGAUGCCCGAUAAGAUGGCGACACUUUUUGAUAUUUAACAAAUUUAACACAUAUCAGUGAAAUAAUAAGGAUCAAAGUUCUAAAAGUUUUAAUCAUGUGUCGAAAGAUGGCAGUAAAUUUACUGUGGCUACAAAGUUUUCUUGGACAAUACACCUCUAUUUCAAAUUGUCUUUGAUAAAAGGAGCUCAUUGCAGCAAGAAGAACCGAACCCUGCAUUUAAAGACCCGUAGAGACUGUAUAUACUAUAGGUAGGACCUAGGAUAGAAAUACGGAGGCUGUUAGAAACUGAAUAAGAAAAGAACGGAAAUAAGAAGGGGUCUUAACAGUACUGGUCAGUGAGAUAAAAUUACUUGCGGUUUCGUCGUUGAGCGCGCCCGCUAUAUUUUCUCUGAUCUCUUCUUCCUCACUAAUUAAAAUCAGUAAGUGUCCACUCACAGCAUAAUAAAAUGCACAAGGCCCGAAGUCGAAAGGGAUUGAUAUUUUAACUUUAACACGUUCACUGCCAGACAAAAAACGGCGCACUACCCCAGAAACCGGUGGUCUAUAGCUGCGUACAAAACAACCCGCCCAGCGGGUUGUCCGGCAUCUGAACAAAGUUCACGAGCGCCCACCAGGUGGGUUCCCGGCAGUGAAUGUGUUAAAUUAAAAUUAAAUGCGGCCACGUUGUAUCGGCCAUGACUGAAUGCAGUUUCGAAUGGUGGAUAUCCGGUAAAAUGAAGGAACGUACAUUUGACGUAUAAUAUUCCUAAACAGUUGCGUGCCGUUAUAUUAGGCCACUUUGGCCGUCCACUAUACAUGGUGUAACACAAGAAACCCGACAGAUUUUAUUAGUGUAUCCCUGAUCACAUUUAAAGACUACCAUACUUUCAAAAAUUGAAAAAAAAUAUGUAAAAUUUUCUUAAAAUCAUGUAACAUUUUUUCCUUCUUUUGGGCUCAGAAGUGCGUGGUUAAAACCUUUCGGGUUCCUCGUGUUACACUGUGUAUUAUUUGAUGCUGACUAUAGUAUUAGAUGUAAUGAUUUUAAGACAAACUCGUGCCUCGAAUUUACCGCGAACACCGAAAGUCACAAAUUACUGGCAUCUUUCUCUUUUACUCCAAUUAAGGUGUAAUUAGAGUGACAGAGAUAGUUGCUCGUUUACGAACUUCAGUAUUCGCUUUCAGUUGCCACAAAAUUCAAGGCGCCGUACAGCGACAUUUUCAUCUCUAUCAAUGAUUCUUUGAUGUUAAUAUUUGUGUAUCAUAUGUACUACAUUGUCGAAGGUCCGUCUACUUGUGUUGUUUUAUUGUAUUGUAAGUAGUGUAACAGACUUUUUUAAGUUGACAUGUCGGAUAAUUUAACCUUUUCUGUCAUUGUACAGUUUAAACGUGCAUUUGUAGGAGUAUUUUUUUGUUCAAAAUGACUUCUAAGUGGUUAAGAGGUACCACGUGGUCGUCCAUACAAACAGAGAAAACGUUUUUCCUCUUCUAAAUAUUUCCCAUUCUCCAUGAUUGUUUAGUAUGUUAUUGGCACAAUGAAAAACUAGGUUUUAAGGUCCGACCGAGAUCUCGGUCUCGGUCUCGGUCUCGGCAUUCUCGGCCAAAAAUCGGGCCGAGAUCUCGGUCUCGGCUCUCGGCCAAAAUCGGCCGAGAUUCUUGCCGAGACCGAGAAUAAGCAAUGAGUUAUCAUUGGUGAAUUUGAAUUUUCCGCGCACGAGCCCCAGGGUCUAAGCCACUCGUUGGUUGCAUCGCCCGGUUGGUGUGACGUUUUUUGUGAUUUAAAUUGGUUUCAUAGCCACAUUUUAAGCCAAUUACUUAUCAAAUACUAAGUGUUGGGAUCGGAUAGGCGCGGUUGCAAGUAAUGACUUGUUCAUUUGGUUUUUUUCGUUUUGUGGUAGUUGUUAUUGAUGAAUAAAUGGGUGUAUAUUGUUAUCGGGAUGUAAUUUAGAUUAACUUGUUGUGAGUGGAAGAUGACACUGGAUAUUUUGAUACUAAAUAUAUUUGUGUCAAAGGGAAAAAGCAAAGCAGUAGGUAAGUACAAAACGACACCUGUGGCGGAUAUUUUGGGUUAAAAGUUACAAUAUAUAACUCUAUAUUUUGAUUAUUGUUAUUUUACCUCUUUUUGUGCAUAUCCGUACUGAAAAUCCGGCCAAGUGCGUGUCGGACCACGCAUAAUGGAAGGUUCCGUACCUUCAUAUAAUACAAAAAACCCGUACAAGCAAAAGAGCGUAUGUUAGAGGCACUUUUGUCGUUUUAAUAAGAAGAUCAGUUUUUUUAUAACUCUUCCAUAUUCAAAAUAAUUUUCCUGAAAAAUUAUUUGCUUAUUUAGAAUUUUUUUAAUGGUUUUGCUCUCCCGGUUCAAAAGUAAGAGGGAUCACACAAUUUUUUUUUUAAAUCAAUUAUUGUCAAAAGUAUUUAUUUAAUAAAAAAAAAACGUUUUAGCAACCUUUCUGUAUUUUUAAAGACCUAUCUUAUGAUGAGCCACAUGUUUUUUUUUUACUUUUUGUUACAUUUAUACGGAGUAUAUAUUUGAAAAUAUAUUUUACAUUAUUUUUUUCGAAACUAAGAAGCGACUUACAUAAUACAUCUACACCUACGUUCCAACUUUGGUUAUAAAAUAUACCGUAUAGUUUUUGAGUAAAAUGGCUGUGACAUACGCACAGACCGACAGACAUAUUACAUGACGUAACUACAAGGGUUCGAUUUUUGCCAUUAUGGCUACAGAACCCUAAAAAUACUGUUUAAUAGCGCUAGGAAUUGAUUAUGAUAACUUUUUCUGAUAAAUCGUCGAAUUUCGAUUAUAAAAACAAUUUUAGUGCAAAAUUCGUGUUUUUUCUCUAUUGUAUAAAUUCUCGGUCUCGGUCUCGGUCUCGGCCGAGAAUCCCAUUGAAUCUCGGUCUCGGUCUCGGUCUCGGCCGAGACAAAAAAAGCGUUCUCGGUCGGACCUUACUAGGUUUAUAGGUUUUCCUUUUUUUUCAUAAUUUGCAAUACAAAAAAAAUAUAUUAGAGCGAAACCUUAAAACCUAGAAUAUAUUAUGCUGAAGCGAUCGACAUCAAAAUCAAAGUGAUUUGUUAAGAUUUAGUUAGUGGAAACCGUUUUCUCCCGAAAUGGAAUUUCAUAGAAAAAGUACCGUUAUUUCGUUAGGAUAGCAAAGCUAUUCUUCUCUCUAAGAAAAGGUAAGUAAUCCACCCUUCAACCAAACUUUGAUUUACUGCACAUAUUUUUUCUUAUGUAUCUUAAAAGAUACAUAGAAAUGCCCGGAAGGUUACGUACAUAAUUGUUUUAAAUGUUAGUUGACGAGAUACAUUCUCAAUGUUCAUAUACUGUAAUUAGAAAAAUAGGAUUUUCUAAAAACCUAUGAACGAAUUAAUGUCAUAGAUUUCGAUUGAUUAUGAAUGGGUUUUCAGAAAAAAGGGUACCUUUUUUUAACAAUCAACUUUUGGGUUAGAAAGUGUCCCCAGUAUUUCAUACAAAUUUUGGGUGUUAGUAUGACGGUCCAUACAAAAUGUAUGUAGAAAUGCAUCACAAUUGUUUUUUCUCGACACAAUUUGUUUUUUUUUUUUCGUUUUUUUUUUUAGGGUUCCGUACCCAAAGGGUAAAAACGGGACCGUUUUACUAAGACUCCCUCGUCUGUCUGUAUCUCAUGAACCGUGAUAGCUAGACAGUUGAAAUUUUCACAGAUGAUAUAUUUCUGUUGCCGUUGUUAUACCUACGUAUAACAACAAAUACAAAAAACAGAAUAAAAUCAAUAUUUAAGUGGAGCUCCCACACAACAAACGUGAUUUUUAUGCGUAAUGGUAUGGAACCCUUCGUGCGCGAGUUAGACUCAACUCCUCAUCUUGUUAAAUCUACAGUCUUCGUGAUUUUUAAUACAAAUAGCCCAAAAGUUAAUGGUUUUCGAAAAAAAAUGUUAGUUAUGUACACUUUUAACUGAAAAUGCCCACGAACGGUAUGUUUCAAUAAAUAUAAAAUAUAUGUGAAGGCUUUAAGAAUGCUAUGUAUUUAGAAUGUUAAACGAUAAGGUUUAUAGAUAACAAUGGCGGGGUGUUACAUUGUAGGGUUCCAUGUCCCGCGUAUGGAGGGUAGAGGUAAGGAGAACAAGCUGGGAGCUGUAAAUAAUAGUUCCAUCUCUCCGGUGGCGCUAGGGUAGCACAAGGACAUGACAUGAACUUGGACGUCAUUGACGGAGUGAAGUGCGCUGUCAGUGAUUUGAUUUUUUUAUCAAGUCUAAAAUUCGUUCGCGAUGUAUUGUGGCGCUCAACUAUUUAAGAUUUUGUGAUGGAAAAUUUUCAACCUUCCAUAGUUCAGCUGUAAAAGCUAAAUAAUACCCCUCUUUCUUUCCGUUUGGGGUCUGCGACCGUGCGCAGCGCGGCGCAGCAUCUUGAACCUUGUCGGAAUACACGAAGGUUGAUAUCGGGUUGUAGCCACGCGCGUCAGUAGACGUCUUUGUCGGCCAAAGCGUUAAAUAGGCAAGCCUAUGGAAGAAUAACCUAUGUGUAUGAAAAGUGUCUAUCAAAAACAUUAAACAGGUGGCGCCACAAUACAUCGCGAAUAUUUUUUUCACUUUGAUAAAAAAAAACAAAUUAUUGACAGCGCACUUCACUCCGUCAAUAACGUCUAAGUUCAUGUCAUGUCCUUGUGCUACCUAGCGCCACCGGAGCAAUUUCGAACUAUUAUUUACAGCUGCCAGCUGGACACUUUAGCAACAGCUCUCUCAUAAGAGAUUGUUCUCCUUACCUCUACCCUCCAUAGGCAACCCUGUGUGUUAACCUAUGGACGCUCCUCCACUGGUAGUUAAAUAAAUAUUUAUGAGCGAGUUAUAUUACGUAUGGUAUGUGACAACUUGGGUAUGAUUAUAUUUAAUUAUAUUUAUUAUUAUUAAUUAUAAUUAUAUUCGCUUGUCAGUAAAAGAGGAUUGCUCAGCGAGUUACAGGAUGUUUUGCAACGUUUAGCCGAACUGCGAAGUUACCUAUGUAAAGGCCUGUGCACACCGGAUGCGUGCGCGUGUAAGUGCAAGAACGCGUUGUAAUAUACAGAUCCUUAUGAGAGACGGCACACCGCUUACUUGACGUGUCCCCGCAACAUUUUAUGCUCCGGCUUUAAGUUAUUUUAUUACUAAGGCACCAAUACCGAAAUCGUAAAAAAAAUGUAUUUCUUACAUUUCGUAAUUUUUUAGGUGAUCUUAGGAGAUCCAUAGUAAAAGAUAUUCAGUAAAACCAAAGAGAAUUUGAAACAGAGGCGGAUUGUCAAAGAAAAUUUUGCCCGAAAAACGCCCUCGCUCGAAACGAUGCCGCCAUACCUUUGGCCUUUGAUCUAUUAGUUGGCGCCACUUUUUGAUAUUUAACAAAUUAAACACAUAUCAAUGACAAGAUAAAGAUCAAAGUCAAAUGGCGUCCUAAAAGUUUUAAUCAUGUGUCGAAAGAUGCCAGUAAAUUUACUGUGGCUACAAAGUUUUCUUUGCCUAUCCACCUCUUUUUCAAAUUUUCUUUGGUAAAACCUACAUAUUCAACUCGAAGUUUAAGCUUUGCAAAACAAUGUUUGCGUCGCGACAUGUUAUGGUGACGAGUGAAAUAGGCCCCUCAAGUGAAUAUGGGAUAUAACCGCUCGGUGUAAUAUUAUAUGUGAUAUGUAACGUAGCUGUAAGUUUACUAAUUGUGUGAUAUUUCACGUAAUGCUUUUACAAACGUUGUGCAUUGAAUAAAAUCAUUUUUUUAA